CAGCUGGUGACCUGCGUAUGCGGGGAUUUGUCGACGACGGGCCCUCUCACGACGAAUGCGUCGUUCGAGACGAUGAUGAGGGGAUGAACGGAUGUGGCGCGCCCGCGCGUGGAUCGGACCCGAGCGUUCCCGGGCGCGGGUGCUUGUUGGACGCUGCGCUCAUCGCCGCGCUGGAUGUGACCCGCCUAUGCUGCAGUAUGCCCGACUCGUGCGCGCGCCCCGCGUCGUCAACGCCGCCCGCAACCGCCUCUACCAUGAUUAUAUUCGCUACGCCACCCCAGGCGGCACACUCCGAAUUCCGCUCACGACUUCGAAGAACAUCCUCGGGGUCGCCACGUCCCGGGGUAAUAGAAGUCAUCAGGCGGACUACUACGCGUUUACGGCGCUUUCCCUCGAUCCUGAGGAGCUCAGGCUGAGCGUCAAGAAGCAGUUUGGCUACGAUUGGGACCCUGCUGCAGUAGGGGACAAUUUCAAUCGCCAGGUCGCUUUCGUUGGUAUUUACGAUGGCCACGGAGGCUCUGCUGUCUCUCAGUACCUCCGCCAGGAGCUCCACUCCCUCUUCGAGAAUGUCAACCCCUCGAUCGUCCCCGAGCUCUUUCGCUGGAUCCGCGAGAUCGGUGGCUACUUCAAGCGCUACAAUGGCGGCCCCCUCGAGCCAUGGACGCACGAUGAUGAACUCGCGCACGGUCCUUUUGACCUCGAAGCGCGCGCCACCGCUGCCUUCUUUGAAGCGAACCGGCAACUGGCCAUGGACAAGGUCGCAUUCGAUUGCGGUGCAGCGGCUUCAGUGGUCCUCAUGCAGUCCCUCGACGCGCCCGCGACCCCCUUCUUCGCCGCCGACAAGCUUGCGGUUACUGUAGCACAUGUCGGCGACACCCGCGUACUUUUAUGCUCUGCCAAGGACGGCACGCCUCUCGCCUUGACCGAGAACCACAGGCCAGACUCGCCAGCCGAGUCGUCCCGCCUACGCAAGCGAAUGGCAGCCGUCAUCACCGACUCAUAUGGCGAAGCUCGCUGGAUGGGUGCACUCCAAAGCACGAGAGCCUUUGGCGACUUGAACUUUGCGAAGUUCGGCAUUACUGUCGAGCCUGAUAUCCGGGCUAAGCUACUUCGAGGUCGCGACUGGGGGUACAUGAUCUGCGUCUCCGACGGUAUAACUUCAAUGCUGUCCGAUGCUGAGAUUGUCGACCUUGCCCGGAACGCGCGCAAUAGCGAGACCGCUGCCAAGCGGAUUCUUGACUUCGCCCAAGACCUCGGCGGCGACGACAACGCAACCGCGCUCGUCCUCCCACUCGCCGGCUGGAACAAGGUCCAAGGGCCCGACCACACCAAAGAGCUCCGCGAGUACCGAUACAACCAGAUGGCAGGUUCGAGCGAGCGGAUGCGCCGCAUGUAGGCUG